UAUGAGAUCAUGUGACAUUGAGCUGCGUCAGUUCCUCAACCUAACCCAACCUGAUUUACCUGAAGAGGGUCAUCUAUUCCAUUGUCCUUAUGUAACUCUUGCGAUAGAGGAGGACAAUGCAGCGUUAGAGCGUGUGUUGAAUGCCGCGCACCGCGCGCUACUCAAUAUGGAAGAGGAGGAGGAUAGUGAUACCGUCAAAUCAGCAGAAAACUUAACUGGUUUUUGUAACCUUCUAGCUAACCUGAAGCCUGCUAAGUGUAACGAUUUCCUUGACUCUCUCCAGUACCUUAUAUCGCUGCUCCCCCCGGUGGAAAGCUUGACAGACAGGUCCUCCUACUCGAGAUGUCAGACAUUUCAGCACCACGUGUGGUUGCUACUCUCUACUACACGUGCACUGGUCGCAGCCAGGUACCUGCCCACCUCCCUGGAUACAUACUGGAACAUUCUAGACGAGAGUCUGGGUAGUUUACUGUCCCAGUCCUUCUCUAGGGUCACACAGACUAAGGACUCUGCUCUUACUUUAGUUUCAGAGAAAAGGUCCAUCUUUAGCCCUCCUCAAACAUUUGCAAGUUGUGAGUGUGUUGAAGUGUGCUGGAAGUUCGUUAUCAGUAAGAUAUCUGAGGUGUCAACUGAUCACGUUGCCAGCAAUCUGAGGUUCUGGGACUUAUUCAACAAACAUUUCAACUCUUUAGUGUGCUCGUCAGAUAACACAUCAGGUCUGAUGUGGAUCCUGGAGCAGAUAAUCACCAUGGUAACGAGCACGUGCCCCAACUUGCCUAGCAACUGGAGUAUUGUACAGGAGCUGACUAAACUAAGCUGUGUUAACCCAGCACAUCUAAAACAAACUCUUAUCUCACUAACUAAAAUAGGGGAACUGUGGCCGAGCAACAUUGUUAUUGUUAUGACAUUACAACAACACUUUGCCAGGAGUUUGAACAGUAGAUCCUCUAGUCUGGUACCAGUCCUGUCCCCCCACCAAUACUCCAGAACCUCAGAGAGUAUUGUAAAACUAGACACCCUCACAGAGGACACCAUGUUCCAACAUUUCCUCAGAUUCUACUCCAGGGGGCUGGACAAGAUCCCCGAGGUUAAGAGAGUUACUCUCAUCAGACGACUGUUCCAGUCAGAGAAAUGGGACCACAAGUCUCUAGCGACCAUGUCGGCGGAGAGUCUGCAGAACCUGGGACUACUGGUGGGGUGCUGCUUGUUACUGAUAAAACCGGACAGUUUAACCGCACAAGUUAACAAGAUGUUCGGGUCCCUCAGUGGGGAUAUCAUCUCCAACUCAUCCUCACCUAAUGUGGUAGUUUCUCUCCAGAUAGGAAUGACAUUGUCAGCUGUUGAGGUGGGGUUAGAUAGUCAGCUGCUGCUAGAACAGCUCACCAUCAUGUUGAACAGGAUAUCAGAGGAUUAUGUAAGAGAAAGUGACUCGAGAAAGUGCCAGAUAUUUGGGGUUUUCUCUAAGAUGCUGAAUGAUUUGGAGUGUUUGGCCGGAUCCUGUAAGUUUGAUUCGGUCAUGUUUCUGGGAACCUGGGUCGAGAUGUUUCUCACAGAGGGUGAUCCCCAAAGAUCUGGUAAGGUUUUGAAGUUUUGUCAGUUUGUUAUUGACAAAGCAAAUGUGAACGAUACUUCUGUGGCGAUGGUUAGCAAGUUUGUCGUUAAGCCGAUUCAAAAAUUUAUAAAAUCGAGAAAUCAAGACCUUCAACAAUGUUUUAACAUUGCUGCCGAUGUCUUGGCUAAGUUAUUUUUAAUACUUCAUCAGAAUGAUAACGAAAAACAGAAAAAUAUCCGUUUAGAAAUAUUUUCUAUCGCCACUCCUCCAAACUGUCCGUAUUCUCUAGCUUCAGAGUUUCUGUACAGAACUCUACAGCAAUCAAACAUUACCUCUCACAGUGAUAUUACCUCUCGUCUCAUACUGGACCAUCAGAACGUAAUGGCUAAUGUUGUGUUCACUGUAAUGUGCACUAAUCAUGUGAGACCUCAGGAAUUUAGUAAUGACACUGAUAAGCUUGAGAAAUUCUCUGUUUUAUUGCAAUGUUUAUUCGACUGUCCACAUUUAGCUGGGAUAAAACCAGAGCUGCAAAACUUGAGUCCACAAAAAGAAGGGCUGGUUCUAGAUUUUGUGUCCUUGUUGACGGAUUUUCACCAAAACAUGCCCUUCUCGGACGGACAGCUGUUUAAAAGCUUUGUUUGGAAGAUGUUUGAGAGCGUCCCAGAGACACUUACUACUACAUUAGUAGGACACACUGUGGAUGAUGGCCGGUGUAAGAGAUUGUAUCAGCUGGUUGCUCACAUGUUCCUGAAAAUACCCAACUUGUUAUACAACCCAAGUAGACCCAACUCACCUAUCCUCGUCCUCUUCCAAACAUUCGUCCUGAAACGAGAGCAGCAAAACAAACUGCAAAUGUUCCUAGUUUUACCCAACAUCUUCUGGGGCCUCUCCAGGAUAUCAUACAGAUCGAACAACCUCUUUCUCAAACAUAUAAUGAAGGUGUUUGAUGAAGUAUACGCUCAAGCUGCAAAGAAAGACUGGAGUGCAGGGAAGCAGGACCCGUUUCUCGUAUCACUGUUCACUUCCUCGUUUGCGGAGGAGGUUGAGGACUCUGUUCGCUCCUUCAGGCAGGUCCUGAUGGACCAUAUCAGAGAGCCUGCCUACUGUAAACUCCCUAAUACUCAGGAGGAUAUAGCAGGUCUACUGUACUUCAUUAGCAAGCUGGAACAAUCCACUAAAGAUAGAGCGCUUCUCCUGAGUGAUUUUACUAAACUUUAUCCUUUUCUGUUACAGGUACUGUACUGUUCGUUGAGGGACAAAUCCCGACAACACAUCAAACAUCUUGUUUCUGACAUCUUCAGACACUUCUUCAAACAAACAAACUGGUCAGAAGAUGAUCUGACAUCUGUUACUGCCAACUUUAUAUCCCAGAACGCUAAUGUUGAGGGGGGUCCAGUGUCAUUGGUAGAGACAUUUAAAUGUUUGAUGGAAUUUGGGGCGUUAGAAAUUGUUACUAAUUCUUUAGAAUCGCUUGAAUCUGCAUUGCAUGGAAGAGCAUAUGAUGAAUUUAUUUUACUGAAAGAAGAAGUAUUGAGAUGUCAGUAAUUAUUCUUCCUACCUAUUUUUAACCAUUUAUACAAAUUAAAUUAUUAACUUGUGUAGUGUUUAUGGUAGACACCAAUUUCAAUCCACUAUUAUCGUUCUCAUGUAAUAAUAUUUCACUUUUAUAUAUUACAUUAAAA